AUGGGCAAACUCAUGAUCUACGGCGCUACGGGCUACACCGGCACCCUGAUCACACAGCACGCCAAAGCCACCGGAAUGCACGCCGUCCUGGCUGGCCGAUCAGGAGAAAAGCUCCUCUCACUGGCAGCGACUCUGGACUUCCCCUACCAGCACUUUGACCUCACCGAUCCUUCAACCAUCGACGCCAACUUGGCAGACAUAUCAGUACUGUUGAACUGCGCCGGUCCCUUCGCCGCCACAGCCGAGCCUCUGAUCAAAGCCUGCAUUCGCAACGGCGUACAUUACCUCGACACCUCCGCCGAGCCGGACACCUAUACCCUUGCAGCCCAGAGCGACCUCGAAGCUCAAGCCUCCAAAACGAUGAUCCUCCCCGGCUGCGGCGGAAGUGUCGCGCUAUUCGGAUGCCUGGUCAGCCGCGCUUUGGAGAACAUCCCACCCACUGACGUCCAGAGUGUCGACCUCGCUCUCCACGUUUCCGGCUCCAUGUCUCGCGGUUCGGCCAUUACCGCCGCAGCAGGAUCCGCUUCUCCGACCUUGCAGCGCCAUGGCGGAAAGUUGGUGACCCACGAACCCAGCGCCACCACGCAACUCGACUUCAACGACGGCCGUGGACCAGUACCCUGUUUCCCAGUCACCCUCCCCGAUCUCAUCACCAUCCACAAAUUCUUCAACAUCGAGAAUAUCCGUACAUUUGCAAAUGUCUCCGGUACUGCGUUCCCGGAUGGAGAUCUGUACGAUUUACCGGAUGGACCGGCGGCGGAGGAGAGGGAGCGGAGUCCGUAUCAUGCUGUGGUUGUGGUCACCCUGAAGGAUGGUACGGUGGAGCGCACUUCGGUAAGGACGGUCAAUGGGUAUGAUCUCGUUGCUAGGGCGUCGGUUGAGGCUGUAAGAAGGGUUAUGGGUGGAGAGGUUUUGAUGGGGUUUCAGACUUCUGCGACGGUGUUUGGGGAGGGGUUUGUACUGGGAGGAGCAUCGCGGUUGGUGCGAUGA